UUUUGUUUUACCGAGUGAAGCGUCUUCCUGGGUGUAGACGAUCUUCUUUACAAACAUGGCAGCUCGCAUGUGAAUGUCAUGCCAUCUUAAUCUAUUACCUGAAUCUGUUCGUGUUUGGGUGCGAUGAGUGAUACGUUCAAGCUGACAUGUAAAUGAUAUCUUGAGGUGUUGUUCUUUCACUCCCCUCAGACAGCUAAGCAUCGGAAAACCAUUUAACUUUUUUGAUUCAUUAGCUGACCCGCGGCAUUUGAUGUUAGCAUUUUAGCUAAGUUAACCUGUCGUGAAGUUCAGACGGAUUCGCUUAUGGAUCCUGACCAACAGCUGCGAAAUCUGCGGGAUUUCCUUCUGGUUUACAACCGCAUGACUGAAAUUUGCUUCCAGCGAUGCACCAGCAACUUCAACUACAGAAACCUCACCAUGGACGAGGAGCGCUGUGUGGACAACUGUGCAGGGAAGCUGAUUCGCUCUAACCACCGCCUGAUGGGCACCUAUGUGCAGCUGAUGCCUCGGAUGGUGCAGCGCCGGAUGGAGGAGAUGGAGAGCAAGGCUGCAGAGAAUGCCAAGGCAGCAGAGGCUGCCGCUGCCGCAGAAGCCUCACCAGCAUCUCAAACCCCCGUCACCUUAUCUCCACUGUUAACUCCCUCAAUCACCAAUGUCGGACCAGAGGCCCAUGGCUCAAUCUUAAAGCCAUCAGGAUUAGAUAUUCCACUUCCACAAUCCACAACAGCCACAGAAGUCAAAUUAUCAGUUGCUGCACCACUCACACCUGCUUCAGAAGCAGCAAAUCCCUCAGUGCUUAAUGAAGCUGGCAAUGGACCAUCUUAUACAGUAGGCGUUUCUCUGCCACCGAUAGCUGGGAGCUCAGCGCCUGUGCUCAUGCCAUCUAAACCAAUGUCCUUAUCAGAAGAUGUACCUGUGUCAACAGUAGCUGCACCUACAGUGUCUAAAUCCAUAGACAGCCAAGAGAGAGCCCCAGAGGUCCACCCACCCUCAGUCCAGUGAUGACGCCCAGUUUGGGGCUGUCACAGGUGGUCAAACUGCUAGCGACAUGUCCCUGACUCCCACCACAAAUGACCCACAUCUGAUGAGUCACUCCCAAAUGUGAUUUUCUCUGUAUUGCUGAAAAGAAUUAUUGAAUAAUACUCUGACAUACAUGAUAAAAUAUCAUCAACUUUUCAACAACUAUUAUAUCAUCAUGUCAUACAACCUUUUCUAGCUACAGUCUCUACAGUGAGCAUUUGCUGUUUUUCUUUGUUUUCAUAUUGUAAAUUGUAAAAUUGAGUUUUUCCACUAUUUGUUUUACAAAACUAGCAACUUUAAGACCUUAACUUUAGAUUCUGUUAAUGUAUGCAGGCGUCAUUUUGGGCGUUUUUAUUUUUGACUCAACAGUAAAUAAAUCAAGAAUCAAGAAAAUAAUAUUAAAUUGCAGCUUUAGUGCCCUGUCAACACCCCCCACCAUGAUAUGAACAGCAGUAAUUUAUAUACUGUAUAUAUUAUAUAGAAAUCUGACACAGUAUUGCAAAGUAUGUCAGAAAUGUCAAUAACGCAAACUAAAAUGCAGACAUUAAAAAUCUUAGGCGUAAAUGUUAUGUUUUGUAAUAAAGAGACAAAAACAA